GACACUGCAUCUACACUCAAAUAUAUUAUAUAUAUAUAUAGCGAAAGAGAGUGCUAAAGAGGUGCGUGCUCAUAUCGUCAUCUUUUUCAUUUCUUUGCAUAUAAGUUGCAUUUCCCAGAGAGAGAGAGAGGGCACAAGUAGUUGUUUUCUUGGUUUUGGUCUGGUAAAAGCUUGGGAGUGAGUGUUCAAAAAACAACACCAAGAUAAAAAGAGAUAAAAGGAGGCAGUGUGGGAGAGAGAGACAGAGAUACCCGAAAACUCACACUGACCCCUUUGCAGUUUUUGCUAUAUACUUAUUGAUUUCCUCAAAUCAUAUUGUAGCUCUCUCUCUCGCUCUCUCUCUCUCUCUCUGUGUUUAUGCUUCAUGGAUCCGCUUUUAACGCUUCUUCAUGAGAUCACAGCAUCCUCCCCAGUCCCCACAAGCUUUUCUGCUUUUCUUCCGUUCCAAACUCUCACAAACCAUGACCAGUCCUAGUCUAUUUCUCUCUCUGCAGCUGCUCUAAAGUCUUACUUAACACUACUGGCUGCUUGCUACCUUCUGUCCUUUUCACAUUUCAUUCCUGUUUUCCCAUUGUUGGAGAAGCAAGCUUUUCAUCCAGAGCCACCAUCAAUCUUUUUGGUUCUUGUUGAAAAAGCAAAGAGAGUUUUUUUUCCUUUUUCAUCUUUUGAUUUUCUAGUUAUGGGCAUGAGGGAGUGGUAUUGGGGUUCUGGAAGAUCCUCAACGAGAGGUAGAGGUGGAGGAGGAGGACCAGCUGAGAAAGACAUGACCACCUCUUCUGGUUGCAUGUGUGCUGUCUUUCAGCUCUUUGACUUCCAUCAACUUCAGCUUGCCAACUUACACCACCCACAGCAACCCUCUUUCAACACUUUCCACCAAGAAGAUCUCACUGUCCCCAAAGGUGUUGAAGCACCUAGGAACAGCUUGGAUUCAUCAGAAGGGACUUCACUAUCAUCUACCACAAAAGAAGAAGAAAAUUUAAAUAGUCCAAUUUUGAAAUUCCAGAUGGGUAUGCAGAUCAAAACAAGUGGAGGAGGAGGAGGCAGAACAUCUUCAGCUGAUUUUUCAUCAGAUAUUAGCUCACCAGGAACAAAGACCCCAAAUUUGGUAGCAAGGUUAAUGGGUCUUGACCUUCUUCCUGAUCAAAUCCAAUCACCCUCUUCCACUUCAUCAUGUAGUAGCACCGCCACUCAUGCGACUUCAAAGUCAAAAGUUCGGACUCGGAAAGCCCUCCAAAGUAGACCAAGACGACAUGUCGUGGAUAUGAGCGACGCUACUAAUACUGCAGCAGUUGGUACUCGUUCACUGCCUGAGACUCCAAGAAUCUCAUCAGCCAGAAGAUCAGACGUUGAUCUUCAUCACCGCCUUUCGCUUCAAAUCAACAAAGAGAAUGUUGGGGUGGGGGGUGGUGAGGAACUGGAUUUUUGCAGGUCUUCAUCUUACAAAAGGAGGGACCUAAAGCUGAUUAAUUUUGGAGAUCAUGAGAAUGUUAAAAGCCCAAGCCACUAUGCUAGGCAGAUUGUGAAGCAGGUGAGAGAAAGUGUUAGCAGGAAAGUUGGUUUGGACAUCACAAACACCACCAGACCAGUUAACAGAGACAAGCACGACAAAGAUGAGCUCCUUCACCGGCUUAAAUCCAAGAAUGGUAAUGCUGCUUCCAAGAGUUUAAUCAGCAAGGAAGACAGUUCAGCUUCUUUCUCUCCCAGGCUCAGAUUCUUGGAGCCCAAGACUACUACUACAACGCCUGCAUCAUUGACAGCCAAGGAUCAAAUUCAACUACUUCCUCCAAAACCCAAAUCACCUCUCUCAUCUUUACCUCCCAAGCCAAAGCCUGUGCAGCAGCCACUGAAAGAAGAAAAACAGCAGCAGCAGCAGAAAAGCCAGACAUCAAUUCAAAAGCGUAGAAAAUCUGCUCAUAAGCAACAGGAGGAAGCAUUUGUUAGUCCAUCAACAGCUACAAGAGCCAUCCAUAAUAAUAUUCCAGCUGACAAGAAAUGCAAGAAAACCCAAUUAUUGUCAAGCAACAAUGUCCCUACCCUUCUUCCAAUCAAGAAAGAUCCUUCACCUCCAGCUACCAAAAUCCCCCAAAAACAGCAGGCACAACAACAAGUAUCUGAAUCUGACGCCCAACAAUCGAAACGUAGGUGGUCACAGUUAUCUAGUUCCACGAGCCAAACGUACAAACAACAACAAGAGCAGCAGCAACUAAGCCGGAGGACCCCCCAUGAGCUCGCCACCCGAGACAUCAUCAACAUGCCUAACGGUGGCGCCACCAGUUCAGCCACCGCUGCCGGCUCUGCUGGUGGAGCAGCAGCAGAGGCAGAGCUGUUCCAGUACGUCACAAGAAUAUUAAGCCGUACUGGCAUUGAUAAAGACACCCAAGUUUCCUUCACCAACUGGUUCUCUCCGUUCCAUCCACUAGACCCUUCCAUUUUUCACCACCUUGAAAAUUCUAACGUUGUUGAUGUUACUGGUCAACUUGGUCAAAGGUGCAACAGGAAGUUAACGUUCCGUGUGGUGGAUGAAAUUUUGGUGGAAAUUUUGAGGCCAUAUAUCAACAUGAAGCCAUGGGUUGCAACUAGCUCAAAUUAUAUUGGCAUGUGGAAUAAUAUGAAUGGGUCAGAACUGGUUAACAUUUUGUGCCACAAAAUCCAGAGGUUUCCGUGUGCCGACUGUCAGGUUCUUGAAGACAUUGACGAUUUAAUUGACAAGGACAUGCCUGCAGAGUCGAAGGUGCAAAGUGAGAUGGCGUUUGAGGAAGAAGGAGAAGGGAUCGUUAGGGAGGUAGAGAAGGACAUAUUGGACACACUCAUACAUGAAACGGCUAGGGUCCUAUGGUUUUGAAUUUUUUUGAUCAAUUGCGUGCCAAAACGGCGCCGUAGGGUGCAUGCAGAAAUGGGUCAGAGAGUGGACUGGGGUCACAUGGGUGGUUCACGUGAUGAGAUGCUAUUGGUCCGGGGGGGUGGGGGUGACGUGGCAGAUUGGGAGCUGUAAAAAAGUGGGGUGGGUGACACGUACGGGCUUGACAGCCCCGACAGCAGUGACAGAGGACCCUCAGGGAGCUCAGAGGAUGGAAUCCAUUGCCUUCUCUCCAGCCUUUUGUAAUUUGUAAAUUUUUGCUCUCUCUUUUUUCAAAAUUAUUUGUAUUAUUCUUUGUUUAUUAUAAAAG